UCUUCUUCGUCUUCUUUCUCCUUCUUCUUCUUCUUCUUUUUUCUUUGUCUGUUUUUUCCUUGGAUAUUGGAGGAAGCAUCCUUGAACAGUAUUUUUUUUAUAUAUAAAUAUUUUUUAUUGUUAUUUCAAAAUACCCAGUUGGUGUUUAAAUUUUUCUCUUCUAUAUUUUUGAGGUGCUUAGUCUCACUAAGAUAGCUUUGGUUAGUACUAUUUUCCACUCCACUGAUAUUGGAAGAAAAUAAUGGAUGAUGAAUAUGCUAAACUCAUCAGAAGGAUGAACCCACCCAGAGUUGUUAUUGACAACGAAACUUUGGAUGAUGCUACUAUUAUACAGGUUGACAGUGUCAACAAGCAUGGGAUUCUCUUGGAGGUAGUUCAAGUUCUUGCCGAUGUGAACCUUGUGAUAAUAAAAGCAUACAUAUCUUCUGAUGGAGGAUGGUUCAUGGAUGUUUUUAAUGUGGUUGAUCGUGAUGGGAACAAGAUUAGAGACAAAGAAGUAUUAAAUUAUAUUCAAGUGAGACUUGAAAGCAAUGAUGGCUCUGCACCCUCAGUUAGAGAGUCCGUCGGUGUGAUGCCCUCAGAAGAGCACACCUCGAUCGAACUCUCUGGUACGGAUAGGCCUGGUUUGCUAUCUGAAAUGUGUGCAGUUCUUGCUGAUCUUCAUUGCAAUGUGGUGAAUGCCGAGAUAUGGACACACAAUGCUAGAGCUGCAGCAGUAGUACAUGUCACAGACGACUCCACCGGCUGCGCAAUCAAUGAUCCAAAACGUCUCUUAACAAUUAAGGAGUUGCUUUGUAAUGUCCUCAAAGGAAACAAUGAUCUCAAGGCUGCAAAAAUGUCACUUUCAGCUCCUGGAGGUACUAAUAGGGACAGAAGACUGCAUCAGAUAAUGUUUGCUGAUAGAGAUUAUGAGAGGAACGAAAGAGAAGAGAAGGGGUCAAGACCACAUAUAACAGUGUUGGAUUGCAUUCAGAAAGAUUACACUGUCAUUACCAUGAGAUCAAAGGAUCGUCCUAAACUGUUGUUUGACAUUAUUUGUACGUUAACAGAUAUGCAGUAUGUUGUUUUUCAUGGCAUGGUCAGCACUGGGAGAAAAGAAGCUUAUCAGGAAUUUUACAUUCGACAUGUUGAUGGGCUACCUAUAGGUUCGGAAGCAGAACGAGAGCGCGUUAUGCAGUGUCUUGAAGCAGCCAUCGAAAGGCGAGCAUCCGAGGGUCUAGAACUACAAUUGUGCACAGAUGAUCGAACAGGACUCCUCUCUGAUAUCACUAGAAUAUUUAGAGAGAACAGUUUGUGUAUCAAAAGAGCUGAGAUUUCAACUAAAGACAAGAAAGUUAAAGACACUUUUUAUGUCACUGAUGUGGCUGGCAACCCUGCUGACCCCAACUUAAUCGACUCAAUACGAAGACAAAUCGGUCCUAGUGCGCUGCAAGUGAAGUAUAAUGCUGCUAGCCUUGCACAAAAGCCUCCUCAAGAGACAACAAUGGGGUUUCUCUUUGGAAGCUUCUUUAGUGCUAGGACUUUUCAGAAUUUCAAACUGAUAAGAUCCUACUCUUGAGAUUUCUUCUUCUUCUUCUUCUUCUUGUAUAUUCAUUCUCAGUACAUAAACAUUUUAGCCAUGGUAUAGUAUAGUAUAGUAUAGGAGUCAUUUUAGCCAUGGUAUAGUAUAGUAUAGUAUAGGUGUUCUUAACCUCCAAAUAUGAGGUCUUAGUGACCAGUAUCUUGUGCUGAUACUGUACAUAGAAGAAACCCAGAAACCACUACUGUAAAAAAGCAAAAUAGGAAGUAAAAAAAAAAAAAAUACUGGUUGGGUUUGUAACUUUGUGUAUAUAUAUAGGUUUAAGUCAUGCAAGAAUACAUACUUGUAUAGUGUGUACAUACAAUAUUGUACAGAAGAUAGAAGAUUGUACAGAUACUUCAAGCUUAAUCAGAACUUAUAUGUUUGUAUGUA